GUUUACCCAACCUACUGUUCUGUAGACAGUUUUCCCAUUGCCUCAGUUAAGGAUUUCCACUCCAGAAUCUGCAGCUAAAUGAGAUCAUGAUUUUGGAAGGAGCUGGCAGAAUGAGUAUCAAUUCCAGCAGCAAUUUACUUCACCAGCAGCCUUCCUGGACAGACGGAUACUCCACAUGCAAUGUGUCCAGUAGCUUCUAUGGAACCCAGUGGCAUGAAAUACACCCACAGUACUGGACUAAGUUUCAAGUCUGGGAGUGGCUACAGCAUCUCCUUGAUACCAACCAACUGGAUGCCAACUGCAUACCCUUCCAGGAGUUUGAUAUCAAUGGGGAACAUCUGUGCAGUAUGAGCCUACAGGAAUUCACUCAGGCAGCUGGGACAGCAGGGCAACUGCUUUACAGCAACCUUCAGCACCUAAAAUGGAAUGGCCAGUGUGGAAGUGACAUAUACCAAUCUCAUAAUGUCAUUGUGAAGACAGAGCAAGCAGAUCCGUCCUUAAUGGUGUCCUGGAAAGAAGAGAAUUACCUGUAUGACAGUGGCUAUGGUAGCACAGUAGAGCUAUUGGACAGUAAAACAUUCUGUCGUGCUCAGAUUUCCAUGAUGACACCUAAUCACCCGCCUCCUGAUUCUUCAGAUGUGAAAAAAGUGCAAGAUCAUACCCCAAAGUCCCACACUAAGAAGCACAACCCUCGAGGAACUCAUCUUUGGGAAUUUAUUCGAGAUAUUCUUCUCAAUCCUGAGAAAAACCCAGGAUUAAUCAAGUGGGAAGACCGAUCAGAAGGUGUCUUCAGAUUUUUAAAAUCCGAAGCUGUGGCUCAGCUCUGGGGAAAGAAGAAAAACAACAGCAGUAUGACUUACGAGAAACUCAGCCGGGCUAUGAGAUACUAUUAUAAAAGAGAAAUCCUUGAGCGUGUGGAUGGUCGGAGAUUAGUAUACAAAUUUGGAAAGAAUGCCCGUGGCUGGAGAGAAAACGAGAAUUAAAUCUGGCAAGAAAUAACAUUUUAAACACCUGGAUGUAAAUAUUCAAAGACAAUUUCCUUAUAUUUAUGUACCAAACUGGGGUGAAAAACCAAUUCUACUUCUGUCGGGAAGAAGGAACAUUAUCAUUAUUGGUGUUAAAAUUAUUUUAUUUGAAGUAUGUCCUGUAUGGGGAAAAAAUGUACACAGUUUUCUGUGAUAUAAGAUAACAUUAUAGAAUUAUGAUUAUUUUUC